GUUACCUAAUACAACUUUACAUUUUGAGGUUUAAGGUUAUAAAUAUACAAUUUGUAAAUUAAUUAGAAGUUGUUUAAAAAUGGCACAUCUAAAAGUACUGCCACAAUUUCUUACCAAUGUUAAUAGAUGGUGCUGCGCAAGUUUCUCUACAAGCACUUUUAGGCAGAUAACUUUUGAUCCAACUGAUAUUAAAUCAGCUCUAGCUACUCCCGAAGAAAUUGCUCAUAAAAAGCAACUUAAAAAUACGGUGUGCGUGGAGGGACCAGUUAAUUUAAGCCCCAUUUCUGGGGUGCCUGAAGAAAUAGUUAAGGAGCGUCGCGUGAGGAUCUUUGAACCCGCUAAAAAUGCUAUGCAAAGUGGAACUGACAAUAUUGGAAAUUGGAGAAUAGAGUUUGACAACCGUGAAAGAUGGGAAAAUCCUUUGAUGGGUUGGUGUUCUAGUGGGGAUCCUCACUCUAAUUUACAUAUUCAGUUCAGUACAAAAGAAGAAGCUAUUACCUAUUGCCAGAAAAAUGGAUAUAAAUUUUAUGUCGAAAAAUCACACCUUGAAAAGAAAUUUAAACCAAAGUCGUAUGCUGCCAAUUUUUCGUGGAAUAAACAUACCAGAGUAUCAACAAAAUAAACAACUAAAACAUAACUAAAUAAAUAAUUUGUUUAGAAAUAUUAUGUAAAUAAAAUAUGCUAA